AUGUCUGAGGAGGCGAGAGGGGGCGGGGACGCGGCGGGGCCCUCCGGCGGGAAGAAUCCGUCGUCGUCGUCCGCUCCGAGGAAGGGCUUCCUAUCCCGGAUGUGGAACGCGAUUUUCAGGAGGAGAGGUGACGACUACGAGAAGAAGCUGCAGUACCUGUCCAAGGAGGAGGCCUCCGUUCAUGCACGGAUGAAGAAGAGGGCUCACCGGUGGCGGACGACUGCCAGGAACAUCGUUCUCUUUUCUGUAGCCUUCGAGGUGAGUCCUCUAACUUAUGCUUUUUGCCUUCUUUUUGAAGAGAAAUUGAGUGAGUGUACGACAAUCCUUUGAGAGUUAGAACAAUGGGAUGUUCUCGAGAACAACGGAAAUUGGCUCAAUUUAGCGUGAUUUGUCUGGUUGGAUGACGACUUUUGUUUCAUCAUCUGAUCCUUCACAUGGCUUGCGUCAUAGAACCAUCACAGCAUUUCCAGUAGAAUUUGGCUGAUAAAGGGAUUUUUUGGAUUUUUUGAAGGUUGGAGUGUUAAUAACAUUGCAUGUUAACUGUUUGCAUUAGCUUAAAAAUUUCUUGUAGCAUUUUCUAAAUCUGUCCUGUCAUGCUAAAUUAUUUUCUAAGAUUCUAUUAAUCCCCCAUAAAUUGAUACACGGUGGAGCUGUUAAACGCCUUAUUAAUUGCACUCCAUUAUUGAUUCUUCGGUAGUUAGGUACUUAUCGUUGAUCAAAGCAAAUUGCAGGCCACUUGCCAUUUUAUGUUUUAGUAUGAUCUUUGUCGAACCAUAGCAUGCUAGCUGAAAUAUUUGAUUAAUAGUGUGAGGUGUGCUUGAUUAGCACUUUUUGUUUAUGUGGCGUUGACCUGUACACCUUCCAUUUUUCGUUCAUUAUUAAUCACUCCGUUGUACAGUGAAAACCGAUUCUCCCUCCUCUCCCAGGUAUGAUUGCGCCAUUCGCAUUCGAUCAUGUCGGUCUUAUGAUUUGCUAAUAGAACAGUUAAUCUGCAUCAAGUCAUGGUGAAUAACCUUGUUUAGCAAUGUUACAAAUGACGAGACUGUCAGCUUCCUUUUCCCUUCACAAGCCGCUAGACUGACAGCUUGUGUAUGUUUUUGCUACUAGUGCCGAGCUCUUCAUCUAUUGUGUAUCCAUCAUUGUUGUUCCAGGUAGCGGCAAUUGCAUAUGCUGUGAUUAAAACAAGGCCACCAGGUUUAAGUUGGCAAAUGAGGGCAACGUGUGUCUUGCCUAUUUUUGCCUUACCCGCAUUAUCCUUUGCUCUUUACUCGAUUCUCGGGAGCCUCACAAGGAUGCGUAAGUUUUCAAGUUCAUUAAGCAUUUCAAAUUAUUUAUCUAUUUAUCUGAUAAAUUGCCUUAAAAAUUCGUGGACCUUUUUUUUUUCUCCCACGCAAACGAAAGUUGCCAACAAUAGAAAAUAUUUCUUUUCUUUGAUGGAGAGAAACUAACCUUGCAGACCCUCUCAGAGGCCUAGUACUUUCCUGAUGGGGCUUGAUAAUAUGCUGGGUCGCACUGGGGCCGAGGUUCUAAACUGCAGCCUCUACCUGAUUGGGACAGGGAGAAGGAUAUGGAUGCCUAGGCAAUGAAACCAGUGCAUACAAAACCCUGUGGGUGGCUAAAUCAUACUCCUUGUUAAAAUAAUACUCUGUAACGUUAGCAUUAGAAUCUCACUCGGGUAAAAUUCGCAGUUAUGAAAAUUCAUCAACAAGCAAUCCUCAAGACGAUCCGCAGAUUUUUUUUACCCCUUAUAGGUCCGUGCUCUUGCCCUUUCUUGUGUAGCACUUGCUGAUUCCCUUCCGACCUUUUUGGUUGUCCCCACAAGGAUGAUACAUCUUUGGCUGACUGAUGGAUCUGUGCUCUUUGUGAUAAGUUUGAAUAAAUUUUAUGCGCAGUAAUUCUGUGAUACUCGUGGUAUUCAUCAAAUGUAAUACAUUACUGGUGCAUAAUCUCAUAAUCUACGGGUGGGUCAACUUUUUGUGGAAAGUUCAGAAAUCCGAAAGUUCAUAGUACAUGUUCUGACUGAUGAAGUCGGUCUGCUUUCAAGGGAUUAGUGGUGUCAAACAUCCAGUUCUGUGAUAUAUGGCGACUGUGGAUCAUUUUUAAAAGAAUCGAGUGAUAGCACAGCUAAUGUCAGUAAUUCUGAGAUGCGGUGAUCCAGUUCAAUUUUAAAAACAUUAUACUGUUUCAUUCUGACGAUCCAUUUGAAAAUUCCAACUGCUAAUACCACACUCACUAGUUUUCCAAAGCAUGAACAAUACAACACUAGGCCCCUGCCUGCUACCAUGAAUUUUAGAGGACAUUAUGGGAAAUUUUAUCUAGUUUUUCGUGCUUUGACUCCAACUUUAUUGUCUCAAUGAACAGAUGAGUACACCAAGGAGUCAACGUUACAGGCAACAUUCAAGUAGAGAUAGAAACAUGGGGGGUUUAAAUCCCAGCACUGCAACCCAAGAAUUUGGGUUCAUAUGCUGCCGGCCGCAAGUGUGAGGAAGAAAUUGUGGUGCGUGGGAGGGUAGGCUAGGGUAGGGUUUCACUCUUGGUCUCUAGAGGAGAGACAUGAGAUGGGGAAGAGAGAGAAGAAGGAACUCUAGUUGAUUGGUGGGUUAACAUCUUGUUAAUGACAGGAGAUGCAAGGGGUUAGAUCUUAUGAGUGUGGGUUGUGAGUAGUUGCUCCCAAAAUUUAAAUGACCGGAUUUUUUUUAAUUAUGUAUUUGCAUGGGUGAAAAACGUAAAAACCUUCCUAUGAUAUGAUAGUAUUAGUAAUGAUAUAAAAUUAUUUGUAGUUCUAAUUAAAAAUAGUAACAAGCAACGAAAAUUGUGUGCAUAUUGGUACUGUUGCUUUGAGAGAGGGAAAUGGGGCAUUAGCCCUAUUAAUUACACAGUUGAAUCUUUGAGUUUUGGCUUCCUAAAAGAUCAGCAUCUCUCUCUCUCUCUCUCUCUCUCUUACUCGCUCUAUCUUGUUUUAAUUUUUUAUGAAUUGUGUUGACUUUUUUCAUGUGUGAACUCUUCUCGUAUGGGUGUUUACUUUGAUACAUGUCCAUGAAAGUGCAGUUGACCGCAAGGAUCAGAAGACACUCGAGAGGCUGAGGAUCGAGAGGCAAGCGAAGAUCGACGAGCUCAAAGAGAGAACCAACUUCUACGCCACACAAGAGCUCAUCCAGGUACUCUCUCUCUCUCUCUCUCUCUCUCUCUCUCUCUCUGUGCCCCUCUCUCUCUCUCUCUUGUUUCUUUACCCAGUUAUCCCUUUUACGUCCAGAGGUACGACCUCGAUCCCGCAGCCAAGGCGGCCGCCGCAACGGUCUUGGCAUCGAAGUUGGGGGCGGAUACCGGGUUGAAGGUCUAUGUAGAGGACGAUUCUAAGGACAAAGCCUCGCAGAGGGGAGGCCACAGGGAUCACAAAGCGGUUCAAUCCGACGGGCUGAGGAACAGGAAACGUCCCCACACGAGAAGUCAAAGCCAAGGCGGCGGCGGCACGGUGGAGCAGUCCACGGGCGAGACCUCCCCCGCCGCCGCCGCUGCUGCCGGCGGCGGCGAUGCCCCCACUCCGCCGCCGGGUCAGAGAGUCGUCGAGCACUAUCGGAGCACUAUCGGAGAUAACGACGGAGGGUGGCUCGCUCGGAUCGCCGCCAUGCUGGUGGGCGAAGACCCGGCACAGAGCUACGCCCUCAUCUGCGGCAACUGCCGUAGGCACAACGGUGAGGGAUCCUCAGACCUCCUCCAUUGAUCGACUGUGUUCAUUCGUGCUCUCUGAGGAUGGUCGACCGUCUCUCUGCUCAGGGCUUGCCAGGAAGGAGGACUUCCCCUAUAUCACGUACUUCUGUCCGCACUGCCACGCGCUAAACAGGCCGAGACAGGCCGAGGAGCAGGAGCCUGGUGAUCUUGUCUCGGCCGAUGACGGAGUUGCUCGCAGUGCCGGCAGCGGCACCUCCAUCAUCAAGGGCGAGCCGCCGGCCGGCGAGGAGGAGAAGCCUGCCAGCGGUGCUGGCGGCAGUGGGGAGUCUGGUGAACAAGACAAAUGA